AUGUGUGCACACGUGUUUGUGCAGGUGGCAGGGCUGCUGGCCUCGCUCAUGGUGCUGGUGGUGGUGGUGGCCAUUGGUUUUGUGUUUGAGCCUCUGCCUCAGACUGCGCUGGCGGCCAUCAUCAUGGUGAACCUGUUGGGGAUGUUCAAACAGCUGAGAGACAUUCCUUAUCUGUGGAGGACAUCCAAGAUUGAGCUGAGCAUCUGGGUGACUGCCUUUGUGUCCUCUGUGCUGCUCGGGUUGGACCUAGGUCUUUUGGUGUCCAUCGCCUUCGGGAUCCUCACCGUCAUCUACAGAACCCAGAAUCCUCGCAGUUCAGUCCUGGGCCAUGUUCCUGACACAGACCUGUAUGUCUCUGUGGACCAGUAUGAAGAGGCCUCAGAAGAACAGGGCAUUAAGAUCUUCCAGUAUGGCUCCUCCCUCUACUUCGCCAACAGUGACCACUAUAUGUCCCAACUCAAGGAGCAGACUGGAGUGAGCCCUGAGCAGAUCCAGUCUGUAAGGAGAGCACAAAAGAAGAAAAUCCACAAGUCCAAGGAGAAGCACACAUUGCUGGUCUGUGCAAAGGCAGAGAAUCACAGUAGCACCAGUGGCAGGCAGCAGAACGGCUGUUUGCCUGUGCAAGAGUGUGAGGAGGUGGUCUUCCUUCACCCCGUACCCUGUGCGCCCCACUCACUCGUUCUGGACUGGAGCUGCGUGGCCUUCAUCGACUCUGUGGCCGCUAAAGCCGUCAAACAGGUCAUAAAAGAAUACACUGCGGUGGAUGUCAGGGUGGUAAUUGCCGGAUGCAGCGGAGGUCUUCUGGACGAACUGGAGCAGCUGCAAUUCUUCACUGAUGUUCCACACACUGCUCUGUUCCCCACGGUGCAUGACGCCGUUCUGCACUGUCAGACCUUCCACCCGCCUCUGACCUUUGGAGACCCAGAGACCAGCGUGUGA